AUGGCUGACAUCACAGAGACAACUCCUGCAGCCAACUGCAUGACGAGUUUAGAGAGUUACGUGCGGACUCGAAAAGGAGCUGUUCUUGCUGCAGAAAUACUUAUCAGCUUCGUCAUUCUCAUCUGCUAUGGGGCAUCACGGUAUGGAGGCUACUUGGCAGUGGCUAUCUGCGAGAUGGUCUUUGCCAUCAUCUUCUUCGUUGUGUUCAUGAACGAGCUCGACAAGGAAUUCCAGGGCGUCAACUGGAUUUGGAGUGACCUGAUCCGUGCCGGUAUUGGUGCAGCUCUGUACCUCAUCACUUCUCUGAUCUGUGUUAUUGGUGGAGCAGGGGACGGUGCUCGCAUUGCUGGUGGGGUGUUUGGCUUGCUGGCUGGGAUCCUGUUUGCAUACGAUGCUUACACUAUCUUCUUGGACAUUAAGAGCAGCAGACAGCACACUGCAGCCCCUACAGUUCUUCCCAGUAUUGUUUAA